CUGGGUUUAGUGUAGUUCAACCAAAAGUGGGUUCUGAAAGGAUGAGCUGAACCUAUCUAUAUUAGUGAUAUGGAGAAACAGUUCCCAAAAUGAAAGGGAAAUAUAGAUUUCAAAACAGUAUACAGUAUAACAAUGUUGGUGUUUUAACAAAGCAUGUGGAAAUAUUCACCUCAUGUACCAUUAGUUUUCUCCAGAGAGUAGAAUAUGGUGGGUGGGAACAUUAUGGGAGAGGGCACUGCUUUUUUUUCCAAAUAUUUUUUGUUCAGUUGCUUAAAAUUAUUUUAAAAUUGAAAAAUAAUAUAGUGCACAUAGUAAAAUGCACAGCUUGAUGAUUUUUCACAAUCUAAAUAUAAUGAAGACCCAGAUAAUGAAUCAGAACAGCCCCAGAAACCACCUCUGCCCUCUCCCGGUCAGUAUCCGCCACCUAAGGUAACCACUAUCCUCAUUUCUAAUGGUGCUGUUAAUGUUUUAUGAGCAAGAUUACUUCUACAGUAUAAAAUGUCAAAAGAAAAUAGCCCUAAAGUAAGGAUUUAUUUAUGCAACAACAAAACUAUCUUAUUCUAGGAACACAAAAAUAAAGGUGAGACUCCAAUCCUAUGAAGCUCAAAGACUAACAGGAAAAACAAAACUAAAUGACUAAUAACAGAGUUCUGGUAGAAAGAUGAAUCCAAUGCUGUCAGCAAAAGAGAAGACUGGAGGAAGCUGAGAAAGGUUUCACAGAGAAGUGGGGCUUUAAAGGAUGACUAGGAGCUGGCCGUCGUCAGCUGCAAUAAGCGAGCACAAAUGACAACUAGCUCUUUAAGAAACCAGUUCAUGGGGCGGCCUGGUUACUGGUUAAUCCUACCUGGUUUGGCUUCUGGGGCUGCCAGUCAGGAUGACAUCAUCGUUGGUCAGGUUACUUGGGGCAGCCUGCAUUUGCCAGCCGUAUAAUGCGGAAUAGGAAGAAACUUCUCCCGGCCGCUCAGGAGGUGAAAGCUAUGCACUGUGCAGAGGUCGGAAAGCCUUUAAUUAAAUUUGACCACUGUAAGAGAUCCAUCUACAGCUUCGGCGUGCCCCAGUGCUGCCCCCUCUGCCGGAAGGACAUGGGCUCGAGGAAGCUAGAGGAAGCCCCUGUCAGCAUCGCCAAUCCAUUUACCAAUGGGCAUGGAGAAAAAUGUUCCUUCCUCCUCAGACCAACUCAGGGGACGUUUCUUAGGGAGUAUGAUGGGAGGUCCGAUCUCCAUGUUGGAAUAACUAACACGAAUGGAGUUGUGUAUAAUUACAACGUAUAUGGUGUCCAGCGAGAUGAAACAGGGUGGGAGCAGAGCAUAAGUGUCCCACUAUUGCAGCCCAACAUGUAUGGACUGAUGGACCAGUGGGACAAGUACCUGGAAGACUUCUCCACCUCGGGGGCCUGGCUGCCCCACAGGUACGAAGAAGACCGGCACAACUGCUACACUUACGCCCUCACUUUCAUCAACUGCGUUCUGGCCGCAGAAGGCAAAGAGCACCUGGACAAGAGUGAGUUCACGGAGAAACACGUGGUCCCGAGGACGAGGCUGGCUUCCAAGUACAUCACACUCCACCGGGCAAUAGAGGAGCGUGGCUUCUACGUGACUGACCCUGCCGACUGAGGGCCUCGCCUCCCUCAGGCAGAGGUCUGUGCUGAGAGCAAGCGUAAGCGCAGAGGGGCUGGACGCCAGGGAGUUACCGCCUUACUCGGUACUGCGGAUUUCCACAUGCGUUUAACUGUGAUCAAUGAAGUGCAUGGUUUCCCUUUAAACAUAUUUCAGCUUACUGCAGCAUAAGAAUUUAUAAAAUUAAUAAAACUUGCCCUGAGUUUUGAAUGAUUUUAUAGCAUUUGGGUCUUUCAACUGAGAAUCCAUGUUACAGCAUAAAGUGGCUACACCUUUUAUUCACAGAGCAAUGAAAACCAUUCCUAUAAAUUAAUCCAGGCUGGGAAUUUGAAGAUAGGCAGGUGAGACACAAGUUAUGAAGUAAUAUGUAUCUUCCCCUUUUAGUCUUUAUUCUCAAAGUACAUGGUAACCUUCUGAUAGUUAAUAGUAACACAAAACAAAAAAACUCCCCCAAACCCUUUAGAAUUUAAGCCAGGCAAUGGCCACUCCUUUUGAAUGAGCUCUUCUGAGCCUGUACGCACAAACUGGACUGGCAGUUACUCAAAUCAGUAAAACACCAGUCUGUUUCCUUUUUGUUUUGCCUGACCUAACACGUGGAGAUUGGAGUGCUGGGUUUGCCACUGCACGGCAUUUCUUCUGCCCACUCAAAAGGCAGAAUUCAGAAGGGACACAAAGAAAGGGCUGUCUUCUUUCUCUAAUACUUUCAGAAGGAGGAAGGGGGAAACCGGGAUUAGUAACUAUAAAUAAAUGAGGUGAUUUUAAACAAGUAUAUUAGAAUUGUACGCCUAAAUAAUCAUCUAACAUCAAAUGGCCAAUGUGCAAAACUUUCUAGAAUUCCUCUUUGGAAUUCUUCCCAAACUCACUUUGCUUUUGACCAAAUGUGAUAUACGACUCCGCUUAAUCUUAUUCCCCAGCCUUGGUAAAAAUGUCUGAGUUCUAAAAACCAAACCCAUCUCAAGGUACCAAUAAUUACCUUGUGUUAAAAUAACUUAAUGGAAAAUAUGCUGAGAUAGAUCCAACAUCCAGGUUCCUACUUAAACUAAAUGAAACUGAAGUUUGGCCAAUCAUAAAUGGUUAACUAAUCAUUAGUUAUAUAAUCAGAUACUUUCUACCAGGAUAAUCCAAAUAAAGCACUGCUCAAACUUCAACCAACCAGCCAAUUUCUUUACUGUAUUUUCUUAGUUGCCCUAUAAAAGCCUUCCCUUCAAACUCUUCUGUUAGAGCUCCAAACCACUUUUGGUUUGGUGCUGCCGGACUCAUGAAUUGCCAUUUGCUCAAAAUAAUUUUCAUAAGUGUUAAUUUAUCUUUUAACUCCUUAUAUUUUAACUCCUAGCAAUAAAGAUAUUCAGAAAACUUGCUGGGACUCCAGGCAUGUGCCACCAUGCCUGGCUAAUUUUUUUUUUUCUAUAUAUGUUUAG